UUUUGCCAGCCAAUUAUUCCCUGUUUUCUGUCUGCUCAGCAAAGAGAAAGAGAUCCCGGCUGCCGUCUGUUCUUGCGCCUUUUUGCUGUUCAUGAAUGCCCUCCUCUGCAAUCAUGGCCCAAUUCGAUCUCUUUGACAUCGUCAUCCUCUCCGCCGUUCUCGUCGGCACCGUCGCCUUCUUCUCCAAAGGCACCUUCUGGGGCAAGAAGGCUUCCUCCUCCUUCGCCUCUGGCUCCCACGCAAACGGCAACUCCUCCUCCUCCUCCUCCACCACCCGCAGCAUAGUCGAGAAACUCGAAUCUAGCGACCGCCAGGUCGUCGUCUUCUACGGCUCCCAGACCGGCACCGCCGAGGACUACGCCUCGCGCCUGGCCAAAGAGGGCCACUCCAGAUUCGGCCUCAAGACCAUGGUCGCUGAUCUCGAAGAGUACGAUCUCGAAGACCUCGACACUUUUCCCUCCGAUAAGCUCGCGAUCUUCGUCAUGGCCACCUACGGCGAGGGCGAGCCGACCGACAACGCCGCGCCCUUUUAUGAAUUCAUCACCGACGAGUCGCCCGCGUUCUCAAACCCGGAAGACGAGAGCGCUCCGCUGGCAAACCUAAAGUACGUCGCGUUUGGCCUCGGCAACAACACCUACGAACACUACAACGCCGUCAUCAAGAUCCUCGACGAAAAGCUCUCGAAGCUGGGCGCGUUCCGAAUCGGCGACCUCGGUCUGGGUGACGACGGAGCGGGCACGCUCGAGGAAGAUUUUCUGUCGUGGAAGGAUAAGAUGUGGGAAGACGUCGGCAAGAUGAUUGGACUCGAAGAGCGCGAGGCCACGUAUGAGCCCGUGCUCAAUGUUGCCGAAAUCGAGGAUCUCUACGCUGAAGACGAGUCCGUGUACGUGGGCGAGUUCAACAAGCAGCACCUCGAGGGCGCCGUCGACGCCAAGACGCACUCCGCCAACAAUCCCUACAUCGCGCCCGUCACCGUCAGCCGCGAGAUCUUCAACUCGGCGAGCAGAAACUGCUUGCACAUCGAGGUCGAUCUGUCUGGCAGCAACCUCAAGUUCACGACCGGCGACCACAUCGCAGUAUGGCCGCAAAACUCAGAGAAGGAAGUCGACCGGUUCCUGACCGUGCUCGGGCUGAUCGACAAGCGCCAUACCGUCAUCGACGUCACCACAAUUGAUCCCACGGCCAAGGUCCCGUUCCCGACCCCGACGACCUACGACGCCGUCGUGCGCUACCAUCUCGAGAUCUGCGGCGUCGUCUCGCGCCAGUUUCUCAACACGCUCGCCGGGUUCGCGCCGUCGGACGAGGCAAAGGCCGAGCUGGCCAAGAUCGGCAGCAGCAAAGAGUUGUUUGCCGAAUACGUCACGCACAAACAUCUCAACAUUGCGCAGCUGCUCGAGAAGGUGUCGAACGGGCAGCCGUGGACGAACGUGCCGUUCUCGCUCGUGGUCGAGACAAUCAACCAUCUGCAGCCGCGCUACUACUCGAUCUCGUCGUCGUCCUACAUCGACAAGACAAAGCCUACAAUCACCGUCGUCGUCGAAUCGAUCGAGCACACCGACGGCUUGGACCCGUUCAAGGGCGUCGCCUCAAACUACCUGCUCGACCUCAAGUACAAGAUGGAAGGCGUCGAGACGACGUCCCCGUCGGCGGUCACCUACGCGAUCGAAGGCCCGCGCAAGAAAUUCACGGGAUUCAAGCUGCCCGUGCACAUCCGCCACUCGAACUUCAAGCUACCGAGCAACCCGGCUACGCCAAUCAUCAUGGUCGGCCCCGGCACCGGCGUGGCGCCGUUCCGGGCGUUCAUCCACGAGCGCGCGGCGCAGGCGGAAGCGGGCGUCGCAGUCGGCGAGAGCGUGCUGUUUUUCGGCAGCCGGAACCGUACCGAGGAUUUCCUGUACCGCGAAGAAUGGGAGGAGACGGCGAAGAAGAUGCCGUUCAAGCUGGUGACUGCGUUUAGUCGGGAGGGGCCCGAGAAGGUGUAUGUGCAGCACCGGCUGCUUGAGAGCGCGGAGCUGGUGAACAAGCUGCUGCUGCAGGGCGCGUAUUUCUACGUGUGCGGCGACGCGGCGCGGAUGGCGAAGGAUGUGAGCGCGGGGCUGGCGCAGAUUAUUUCGACGCAGCGGGGGAUCAGUUUGACGCAGGCGGAGGACAUUGUGAAGAGCAUGCGCUCGCAAAAUACGUACCAGGAGGAUGUGUGGUAGGGAGAUGGAGAGAAGGUAUAAAGAAGAGAGAGAGAAGCAUACGUUAAUCUGGAAAUGAUGAUUGCGGAUGAUAUGUCAUAGACAGCUAGGAACUCUGGUUGAAUUGCAUGUAAUAUUAGUAAUGCUUGAUUUAAUGUAGAAGUACAAGGCAAUGACAAUGACAGAUAGAAUGACAAAAGCAGUCU